GUUCGGGGCCGGCUAGACAUUCUGUGCUCGUGCAGGAGGAGGGCUGCUGCCAUCAGGGACGUGCACGAUUCCCCCACCCCGCCCCCUCCCCAAACUCCAAAAAAAAAUCCAAAACACACUGCCACCCACUGUGCCCCCGCGCCCCGAGUCCAUCCUGUCCCGGCCUGCGUUUGUUAGCGAGCGCGGGGAACCCACGGCAGUGUCUGUGGCUGUGCCAGGCUGCAGGUCUGGCGUGCUCCUGAUCAGAGUUACUCUGAUCUGAAGAUUUUGGUGUUUAAGGCAUUAAGAUAAAAGCCUGAGUUGUUCAUGGAGUUUUUCAUCAGUAUGUCUGAAACCAUUAAAUAUAAUGACGAUGAUCAUAAAACUCUGUUUCUGAAAACACUAAAUGAACAACGCCUGGAAGGGGAGUUUUGUGAUAUUGCUAUUGUGGUUGAGGAUGUGAAAUUCAGAGCUCAUAGAUGUGUUCUUGCCGCCUGCAGCACCUACUUUAAAAAGCUUUUCAAGAAGCUUGAGGUUGAUAGUUCUUCAGUCAUAGAAAUAGAUUUUCUUCGUUCUGAUAUAUUCGAAGAGGUCCUGAACUACAUGUACACAGCAAAGAUUUCUGUGAAAAAGGAAGAUGUUAACUUAAUGAUGUCAUCAGGUCAGAUUCUUGGUAUCCGAUUUUUGGAUAAACUGUGUUCUCAAAAGCGCGAUGUAUCCAGUCCCGAUGAAAACAAUGGUCAGUCCAAAAGUAAGUAUUGUCUCAAAAUAAAUCGCCCCAUUGGUGAUGCUGCUGACACCCAGGAUGAUGACGUAGAGGAAAUCGGGGAUCAGGAUGACAGUCCUUCUGAUGACACAGUAGAAGGCACCCCUCCAAGUCAGGAGGACGGCAAGUCACCCACCACAACGCUCAGGGUUCAGGAAGCGAUCCUGAAAGAGCUGGGGAGUGAAGAAGUUCGGAAGGUCAAUUGCUACGGCCAAGAAGUAGAAUCCAUGGAGACCCCAGAAUCAAAAGACUUGGGGUCCCAGACCCCUCAAGCCUUAACAUUUAAUGAUGGGAUGAGUGAAGUGAAAGAUGAACAGACACCAGGCUGGACAACGGCCGCCAGUGACAUGAAGUUUGAAUAUUUGCUUUAUGGUCACCAUCGGGAGCAGAUUGCCUGCCAGGCAUGUGGGAAGACGUUUUCUGAUGAAGGCAGAUUGAGGAAGCAUGAGAAACUCCACACAGCAGACAGACCGUUUGUUUGUGAAAUGUGCACAAAAGGUUUCACCACGCAGGCCCACCUGAAAGAACACCUAAAAAUCCACACAGGCUAUAAGCCCUAUAGCUGUGAGGUGUGUGGAAAGUCAUUUAUCCGUGCCCCAGACUUAAAGAAGCACGAGAGAGUUCACAGUAAUGAAAGACCAUUUGCGUGCCACAUGUGCGACAAAGCCUUCAAACAUAAGUCUCACCUCAAGGAUCAUGAAAGAAGACACAGAGGGGAAAAGCCUUUUGUGUGUGGCUCCUGCACCAAGGCAUUUGCCAAGGCAUCUGACCUGAAAAGGCAUGAGAACAAUAUGCACAGUGAAAGGAAGCAGGUUACCCCCAGUGCCAUCCAGAGCGAGACAGAACAGUUGCAGGCGGCAGCAAUGGCCGCAGAAGCAGAGCAGCAGCUGGAAACGAUAGCCUGUAGCUAGAGGCAGUGGGGCAGGGACACUUCGCCUGGGAAGUGGAGACUGACAUGAUGUGGAUCGUAAUGAAUGCCAGUUACUAUAUUUUUGUGGACAUGUAUGGAACAUUGUACUCACUGGACUUCAGGCAGUGCUUGGUUAGGUGUUUUUAAGACUUUUCAAGGAAAUGAUGUUCCUCGGUUCUGAGCAAACCGUUUCACUGUCCUGUCUGGUGUCUAGUAUUAAUGUUGCCAGUAAGCGCCCCCUCCCUCUUUUUGAUGAUUUUAAUUUGAGAACUCCUAUGUCCAGUUUAGAAGUGAGAGACUUCCAUUUUUUAUUUCUCUACACUCACCACCCUAGUGGGUGCCCUGCACAGAAUAAUAAUUAGGUAAAUUGAUUUCCUAAUCAUCAUAAUUCUAUGUGACUUAUGGUCAAAAGAGCAGUUUUAAUAACUUAAUAAAAGUACUUCAGAUAGACGCAGAAAAUUGGGGAGUGGUUGACCAAGAACACUGCGCAAAUAUAAAAACAAGUUCUGGGAAUGCAGAAUGGCAUUAGAUUUAUAUUUGGUUUGUUAAUUUUAUAUCACUGUCUUUCACUGUUUUUGUGGACAAAUAAUGGUUGCUUUGCUGGAGUGUUUCUUCCUCGAUUUUGAUUGCCCUGUACCUACCCCAGAAGCUAUAGUCACACAUCCUGAAGGCCGAGCAAACCUACCAGGAUGGUGGGGGGUCUUGGGGCCAAGCUCUUAGGUUCCUCUUAUUUGGGGCAGUGCCACUGUGCACCAGCUGGGAUUUGUGAGUGGACCCGUGGUAAGAAGAGUAGAAAAGGCUCUCAGAGAUAAGGUUUUAUAUGUGUAACAAUCCCAAGAUUUCCUAGAUUAAAAUAUUUCUUAAUUGAUUUUGAGAUUGGAUUUUUCUUUGGAAUCAAAAUUAGGACAAGAACAGAUACACUUCUUCAGAUACAUUUGUGAAACUUGACAGAAUGUCAUCAAGCUUUGGGGCUUCUGGUGCACAUGAUUUAUCCAUAAAGGAGAUGCAGUAUGCUUACUUAAAUUAAUAAAUUUAAAAUCUUUUAAGUGUGUAAAUAAUAGUGUUGGUCUUAAGUAUUUCAAGUAAAAGUAGACAGCUGCACUUUUUUUGCACAUUGGAUUAAAAUAACUUCCAUCAGCAACAAACAUCAGACUGUUUUUAACAAAUAUUAAAGAUUGUCAGACCAAAUGUUUUCUGUUUUUGAAGUAUAUUUCAUCGCUGGUUACAGUUUUAAACAGAAGUUGAUGCCUUUUCAUAGCCGUGAAUGAGAAUUAUAAGCUCUGUUCCAGUUUUGGUAUAGUGAAUGUUCUUUUAACCAUCUUUAGUACUAUAUUGAAUUGCCAACAAUAGUUUGAAUUGUGUUCUGUAAAAAAGUAUUAGUCAAUUAUUUUACAAUAUGUAGAAUUGUAGAAAAUGUCAAUUUUUCAAAUUCAUUUUUCAUUGCUAGGAUUUCUUUUAAAAAUACAUUAAAGUAAUUUUAUUUCAUAGCUUGUUGCAUUAACACCUGUAAUUCUAUCGUGAGAGAAAUUUUGUUUUUUUUAAUUGGUGUGUAUGUUAUGCCCAAGAUGUUAGGAUGGAGAUGCUACCUUUUUAAUAUUUUUAUUUAUUGGUAAAAUGUUCUAAAAGUAAUUCUGUCACUGUGUUUUUAUGCUAUUUAUAGAAGGGGAACUGAUUGCUGUUCCCAGGCUGUUUUAAUCAAAGCAAAGGAAAAAUUAUUGAACAUCUUGUCGAGAGCUACUUCAACAAACCAUAUUUUAGGCCUUCAUUUUUUGUAUGUAAAAGAAAAUAUACUUCUGUCA